UCCGGUUCAUAACCGAAAACUGCAGAGGGAUUAUUGUCCUUUGCUUUCUCUUUCUCUCUCUCUCUCUAGGGUUAGAGCUCCGAAUCUGCAACGACAAUGGAGGGAUGGGAUCCGACCACGAAGUCAACAUUGACCCAAAUCCCUCUUCUAACAGUGAAAGCCGGCCCUCGCGAUGGUGCUGCGUGGACGCAGCGGCUGAAGGAGGAAUACAAAGCCUUGAUUGCAUAUACUUCAAUGAACAAAUCCAGAGACAACGAUUGGUUUCGUAUCUCCGCUGCUAAUCCUGAAGGAACACGGUGGACUGGAAAGUGCUGGUAUGUGCAUAAUUUGCUCAAGUAUGAAUUUGAUCUCCAAUUUGAUAUCCCGGUGACCUACCCUGCCACAGCUCCGGAACUUGAACUGCCACAACUCGAUGGGAAGACUCACAAGAUGUAUAGAGGGGGGAAGAUUUGCCUAACGGUGCAUUUCAAGCCACUCUGGGCCAAAAACUCGCCUAGGUUUGGUAUAGCACAUGCUCUUUGUUUGGGGCUUGCACCAUGGCUUGCAGCAGAAAUACCAAUUCUGGUGGAUUCUGGCAUGAUCAAGCAUAAAGACGAUGCAGUCUCAACCAGUGAGCCAUAGUAUGUUGUUUCUUGUCGCCAGAAUUCUCACUCUCACUUUCUAAGUAAGUUGUGGUUUGGCUGAACGAAAUAAGCAAAUAUCAUGGACUAAUUGUGCAAUAUAUGAUCCUGAUUGAAAGAAAAGGUUUAAAGUUAUACUGUGGAUGUUGAAAUAGUGUUCUAGUUGAAUUUAUGUCAUUAUUUUCGUG